AUGCCUGUAGAAGAUGAGGCUACCACCCUAGCUCCUCUUGAGGAGAAAGGUCAAGAGCUCGCUCCAAAACAGAUUGAGGAAGCACCUGCUGAUGUCGCUGACGAUCAAGGCGUCGUAAAAAUGUCUCGUUUGUCCUUCUUCUUUGUCUUUAUGGGGUUACUCUUGGGAGUUUUCUUGGUAGCUCUAGAUCAACUUAUUAUUUCAGUUGCUGUGCCUGCAAUUGCGCAGGAGUUUGACGCUUUAUCGCAAAUCUCCUGGUUGGGAACAGCUUAUAUGCUUGUCGGAGCCUCCUCGACUCCACUCUACGGCAAGAUCGCUGAUAUAUUUGGACGAAAACCUACAUUCUUAUUUGCAAUCGUGACAUUUGAGCUUGGAUCGUUGGUCUGUGCAUUAGCACCAAACAUCAUAACACUCAUCCUGGGAAGAGCUAUCGCUGGUCUCGGUCUUGGAGGAUUGUUUACUCUCGUACUUGUCAUCAUAGCCGACAUCACCACUGUCAAAGAACGACCUCAGUACCAAGGAAUGAUUGGUGGUGUUUUCGGUUUAUCUAGUGUCGUGGGCCCGCUGGUCGGAGGAGCAUUUGUAGAUCAUCUCACUUGGCGAUGGUGUUUCUGGAUCAAUUUGCCAUUUGGUCUCAUUACCGUCCUAGUUGUCGUAUUUUUACUCCACUUGCCAUCCCCCACUGGUUCCAUCGGUGCGAAAUUGGCUAGAGUAGACUGGAUUGGAGCCAUUUUGACCGUCUUGGCCACCAUUUGCUUGGUAACUCCUAUCAUUGGAGGUGGUAGUCAGUUCGACUGGAACAGCCCUAUAUGUAUUGCUUUAUUCGUCUUGUCGGGUGUUUUCUUUGUCCUACUCGUCAUCUGGGAAGCCAGAGUAGCAGAACCAAUCAUCGAUGCUAAAAUAUUCAGCAACCGAAGUGUAUUCGGUAGUUUGGGUGUCAGUGCCUUCGUUGGAAUGACGUUCUUGUCUGUAAUUUACUAUGUCAGUACCUUCUUCAUCGUUGUAAAUAACGAUUCGGCGACACUUUCCGGCCUUCACCAGUUGCCCGGAGUAGUCGGAUUGGUUGGGUUUUCAAUAAUAUCGGGUAUUCUGAUCUCUAGGACAGGAUAUUACAUGCCCCUGAAUGUUAUCGGCGGCAUUAUUCUUACUGUGGGUGUUGGUUUAGUAUCCACAUGGAAAAUCAUCGCAAUCCAAAACUCGGUUGAACCAAGGUUUAUCGCCCCCGCUACAGCCUUGGCCAACUUUGCACAGAUGCUGGGAGGAGCUAUUGGUCUUGCUAUAGAAGGUGCCCUCAUCACUGGCCAACUGUCAACGAAACUUGGAGCAUUCCUGCCUCCAGCCUUGGUUGAUGUAGUAACGAAAUACCCAACUUCGAUUCGAGAGGUCGUGCCUGCUGUUUAUUUAGAUGAGACUUUACAAGCCUUUGCAGCGAGUAUUGCAUUCGCAUAUCAAGUAGCCAUUGGAUUUGCGGCACUGGUGUUUUUAAGUUCCUUGCUCAUUAAGCAGCAGCCAUUACGAAGUGGCCGAUAA